AUGUGUCAAGAAACCGAGAUCUUGAUUGUCUGCUGCACCAAGAACUGCCUUUCUGAGAAGAACGGCAUUCGCCUUCCGCUCCUGUGUCUCACACCCACGCCAGAGCCUCUGUAUUACCUCUGCGAAAAGGCAAAGGCAUUGGGAUACCGCACAAACGGCAGUCUCCUCGGCCUUCCCCUCAUGACUAUGUACCCAGAUGAGUGCCCCGAUGUCGCCAACGCUGACAAGUUCCAGCUAUGCCUUUGCCACGCCGUCUCGCGUGAGACCUCGCAACGCGCCGGCUUUCUCAUUCAAUGCAAGGAAUGCUGUAACGCAGGCCAUGCACAGAACCACACCCUUAGCGACCGUCCAGGUAACUUCCCUCAGUUCAAUGCACGCCCACUGGCUUUUCCCACCGAGUCUUCCGCCGAUUCUUCUACUGAGUUCCCCCCUAAGAAUAAGUAUUUUACGAGUGAUUGGACCUGCUGUGCGGUCGGCGAGUGCAGCGAUAAUGAGCUGUGUGAAUACCGCGUGGCUGCUCUCCUGUGUGGGAUGUCGACGCAGUCUCGGGAGGCUGAGCAGGCCAUCAUUGACACGUGCAAUCAAGAGACAGACGAGGGCUACGAUGGAGACGUCAGCGAUAACUCCACUUAG